CUGUUCAUUACUUGAUUCACGCGAUUAAGCUUUCGAAAGCGCAAAAUUUCGUUCAUCUUCGUCUGUAAAUUGGCACUAUACCGUAGAUAAUUCCGCGCUCUGCCAUUUGAACAUCGAAAAAGCCACAUAUUCAACAAUAAACUCAGUCUACACUGAUCGAAAGGAGGAAACUGAUCAUCAAUGGAUCGACUAGAUGGUUCAGCGAAGCUCAUGAUAGUUUCCGAUCUCGAUCUCACCAUGGUUGAUCACGACGAUAAGGAGAACACUUCGCUUCUCAAGUUUAAUGCCCUAUGGGAAGCCUACUACCGUCGGAAUUCUCUGCUCGUAUUCUCAACUGGUAGAUCGCCGGCGAUGUACAGAGAACUGAGGAGGAAAAAGCCUCUGUUGACCCCCGAUAUUACCAUAACGUCUGUGGGAACGGAGAUUGCGUAUGGUGAUCCGAUGAUUCCAGACGAAGAAUGGGAACAAUUUCUGAAUCAAAACUGGAAUCGAGAUGUAGUCUUGGAAGAAGUCCUAAAAUUUCCGGAACUCAAGCCGCAGCCAGAAACGGAGCAACGGCCUCAUAAAGUUAGCUUUUACAUAGAUAAGGAUGAAGCCCCAAAAGUGGUCAAUGCUCUGUCUGAAUGUUUGGAGAAACGAGGGUUAGAUGUAAAAGUAAUCUACAGCAGCGGCAUUGCGUUGGACAUAUUGCCAAAAGGUGCUGGCAAAGGCGGGGCACUUGCGUAUCUUCUCAAGAAGUUCAAAGCUGAUGGGAAAGUUCCAGUCAAUGUUCUUGUUUGUGGCGACUCUGGAAACGACACCGAGCUUUUCACUGUUCCUGAUGUCUACGGCGUGAUGGUAAGCAACGCACAGGAAGAGCUGUUGCAGUGGUAUAUCGAAAAUGCAAAGGGCAAUCCGAAAAUAAUUCAUUCGACCAAGAGAUGUGCGGGUGGGAUCAUAGAGGCAAUUGGCACCUUCCAACUUGGUCCAAACUUGUCUCCUAGAGACAUGAUAGAUUACAGAGGAUGCUGCAAAGUGGAGAGUGUGGAUCCAGGCUUUGAAGUCGUAAAGUUUUAUGUGCUGUAUGAGAGAUGGAGACGCGGUGAAGUGGAGAAAUCGGAGCUGUAUCUCGAGUAUCUGAAGUCCAUCUUUGAUGCAGGAGGAAUAGUAGUGGAUCCAUGUGGGGUGGAGAGAGGUAUGGAGGAAUGUAUAGAUGCAAUGAGAGGGUUAUAUGGUGAUAACAAGAAGGGGAAGGAGAUGCCAUUCCGAAGCUGGAUAGACCGACUCUCGUCCACACAGAUUGCGACCGACUCCUGGCUUCUCAGGUUCCAUAAAUGGGAAUCGUCUUCGUCGUCCUCACCCAGGAAUCCGUUUUUGGGGAGCUUAACUACAGUUCUAAUGACUUCACAGUCACAGGGUUUGAUAUGGAAUUGGAUGCACGUGCAUCACACAUGGUUGGAUCAGGAUGCUUCACCUUCACAACCUACAUCUACAUCUACAUGGUUCUUCUAAAACUUUCUUUUCCCUCUUUAAAACUUCAUACGUUACAAUAAUUUGCCAACAUGAUAAUUCUGUAUAUACCAUUUUUCUACAUUGAAUUAUAUAAUGUGAUAAAGUUUAUUAUUAAUUAUACAAUUUUUGUAUUAUUAA